CAGGUGUUGACACUAUUCCGUGAGGUUUCUCGUUUGGUGUUAGUAGCGGUGUGACAAGGAUAUAAAGUGACAAGAUGUCAGUGGCUGUGGAGCAUCAGCAGCAGAAUGUGGUGGUUAGACUCGUUAACCUGCCCUUGGUGAGCUCCACCUAUGACAUGGUGUCUUCUGCCUAUGUGAACACAAAAGACAACCAUCCAUACUUGAAGUCCGUGUGUGAUGUUGCUGAGAAAAGUGUAAAGACUAUUACAUCUGUAGCCAUCACCAGUGCUAUGCCAAUCAUCCAGAAAUUGGAGCCACAAAUUGCCAUUGCCAACAACUAUGCCUGCAUAGGACUGGAUAAAAUUGAAGAAAAGCUGCCAAUUCUCUAUCAGCCUAGCAACAAGAUUGUGUCCAAUGCAUCUGAUGCAGUUACCGGAGCCAAGGAGACCGUCAUUCAAAGUAUUACAGGUGUAGUGGAUAAGACAAAAGAAGCUGUCCAUGAAAGUGUUGAAAUGACCAAAGCAGUUGUGAAUGGCAGUAUAAAUACUGUCUUGGGAAGCGGUGUAGUGCGUAUGGUGAGCAGUGGAGUUGACACUGCACUUUCAAAAUCUGAUUUAUUGACUGAAUACCUACCACCAACUGAUGAAGAAUUGGCCAUUGAAGCAACAAAUACUGAAGGAUUUGAAGCAGACACUCAGAAGCCCAACUACUAUGUCAGACUAGGGUCCCUUUCCUCAAAGGCUCGUAAGCGUGCUUAUCAGCAAGCUUUAGUUCGGGUCAAAGAUGCCAAAUGCAGAAGCCAGGAAGCAAUUUCUCAGUUAAAUCAUACAGUUGAUCUGAUUGAAUAUGCCAGGAAGAAUGUGAAUAAUGCCAACCAAAAGAUUCAUGAUGCACAAGAGAAGCUCUACAACUCAUGGGCUGAUUGGAGGAAGAGCACAGGCCAAUCUGAUGGUGAAGCUGAGCAUAUUGAGUCACGAACUCUCUCCCUUGCCCGGAACCUGAGUCAGCAACUUCAGACCACGUGCCUUUCCCUGGUGUCCAGUGUGCAAGGCCUGCCUCAAAAUGUUCAAGACAAAGCUGUGCGUGUCAGUGCCAUGGCUGGAGAAAUAUACCAAAAUUUCCGUACUGCCUCCUCCUUCGGAGAGGUAUCAGACAGCUUCCUAACUACCAGCAAAGGGCAAAUCAAAAAAAUGAAGGACUCAAUGGAUGAUGUAAUGGAUUAUCUGGUCAACAACACACCACUAAACUGGCUGGUAGGUCCUUUUUACCCCCAGCUGGCUGGGUCUCCGCAUGAGAAAAAAUGUGAUGGGGCAGAGGCAACCAGCCAACAGGAAUGACCAAAGUGAAAGUAUAAUAGAAAAUUAUCACUUGAACACUUCUCACUAACUUAGUAGCCCACAUAAGUGUAAUUCUGAGAACUGAAAAGUAUGUCCUAGUAAUGUCUGCUGUUCUGCAAACUUCUAUAAAGUAGUCCACCAGAAGAAGCAAUCAAAGCACUUUAGAAUUUUACAAGAAUAUAUAUAUAUAUAUAUAUUUGUUUUUUCACUAACUCAGCAGAUGUUUCUUGCAGUAACAGCUGCUAUAACAAGGUGUUCCCUGCAUACUACAUAAACACUGUGCACUAACCAUUUUUGUAAGACUUUAUUUUGUAAAAUUUUUGUAUUUGCAAUAAAUAAUAUAACUUGACAAAA